AUGUUGAAACGAUUUCAUCCUGUAAAAGAUGACCAUCUUUUACGAUCAGAUUCAGAGACGGAAUCCGAUGAUAAUAAUUUAGAUGAUCAUGCUCACGGCGAGAAUCUAUAUCGGAAAAGAAAUAAUAGAGAAAAAACCAUUGAAAAGCAAUGCAAGAAUUCAAAUGAGAAGGAAAUUACUCUUGAUAAUGGAAAAAACAGUCAAGAUAGGGAAGAAGGAUUCAAGGAAGAGCCAGAAAAUAUAGUGAUGAAAGAUGCAAAAGAAUAUCAAGAAUACAUGAAGCAGCUCCCUGUGCCUGAUGCUCUUGAAUCAUCAUCAUCAUCAUCGGUACUUCCUUUCAUUACAUGGCAAGGCUUAGCAGAAUCAAUGAAGCACAAGUAUGAGCAACCACUACAUUACCUCACUCACAUCCUCUUGAAACAAUGGGAUGAAUCAAGAGACAGCACCAAGAAUAAUGAACCAAUCAAGCCUAUUGGCAAUGUCAUUCAUCCUAGUAAGGCUGAAUCCACUAUCUGGGUUGCUGAAGAAUUCAACAGGCAGUUUGCUUCCCAUCACUACCUUGCUAAGCUCUGGCUUUCUGACCCAAACUACCAUGAAUUUGUUGAUACAAUCAUCCCCAAGCAUUGA